ACGCGAGCCGAGCCCGGCGCCGGCGAGGGCCCUCGCCCGAGAUUUAAAGACCGCAAGUUUUGUUCUGGAGACCGAUGAUUUUGGCCGGGCCUGGGGAGGACAGCCGACCUCCGCGGGGACGCUGAAGGAGCUGGGCUCGCCCUUGGUCUGAUUCCAGGAUGCGGUGGAACGUUUGCUGAUUCCCCGUAGGGGAUCCACACCUGAAACGUCCCCGGAGUCUCCCCAGCAUCCUGCCCUUGGCCUCCUACACAACUCCUCCCUCUUCUCCUCCUGCUGAGUCCUUUCCUUCUGGAUCUGUCUGGCCGUCUCUCCCCGAGAGUUCACCUUGUGCACAAAAUCGGCCAUCUUCAUGUGCAAAGGGCCAAGGUGGGUCUGUGCUCCCUGCCGGCUCCAGUCCUGAUGACUUGCUGGAUGUUUGUACCUUGUUGUCUCUCCCACAAGUCAAACGCAGCAGCACAAGUCUAAGACCAAACAUAAGGGUGGCGCUUCUCACUCAGGGACUCAGGUUCCCUCCCAUCAGGUUCUGCUGGGCCUCUGUUUUUCCUGAAAGGGUCUCCUUUAUCCUUGCUCUUUGGCUGGGAUGUGGCUUGUCCCCCAGGGUCCACGCACUGCAGGCUGGCCCGUGUAGUGGUGUUAAGAGGCGGUGGGCCCUUUAAGAGGAGGGGCCUAGAGCAAGGUGAUGAGGUCAUUGUGGGUGGGAUUAACAGUGUUGUCCUGAUGGUGUGAGUACCUGCUGGUGCAAGAGGAGGGCUCCUCUGCUGUUUGCUUUGCCCUGCUGACUAUGCUGCAACCUCCACCAGAGAGAGGCCCAGUGCUGGGGGAUGCUGGAUCUUUCGGCCACCAAUACCGGGAGCUGCAUAAACCUGUUUUUGUUUUUUGUUUUUUUUUGUAAGUAUCCAGCUUCAGGUAUUUUGUUAUGGCGACAGAAAAUAGGCGGCUCACACCCUGGGCUGUACCUUCUUCCCUGAUCAAGUGCUGUCCUGACCCCCAUCGCUGUGCUUUUUGUCCUACAACACCACUGCCGGUUUAUGUCCUCGUGUCUCAACUGCAUAAGUACAAUAAGGGAGUCGCUCCAGUUACAACCAGCUCGCCUGUGACUUCAGCGGCUCUGUGUAGUCGCCAGGACUCCAGGUUCCUCAUAAGCCCCAUGACCACUUUCCUGCUUUCACAUAUGCCCCGGUUUCUCCACAAUACUUCCUUUCUCAUCUGAAACAAAGUUUGCGUCUCCUGACCGCCUAGAUCUGCUCAUCCUCAGGCCUUCCUGAAGUCCUCUGACUAACGCUGAGCUCUGCUCUGGAAGCCUGUUGUGCCUGGAGGAGGUGGAGAUUCCAGACUUGCUGGCCAUGGGAAAGAUGAGCCUUAUCUCAAAGGGACUCUAAGUGCUCUGAGAAUGCAGACUAUAAAAUACUAUUUCACGGUCCAGGCCUGGCUCACGUAAUACUCACAUCCCUACUCCCGUCUAGAUUCAGACUUCACCAUUCUGACAGGAUUUGCAUAGUGUUUCAGGAUCAUCAGAGUAGACUCAUUAAGGAAAUGAUUGGAGAGCUGGGGUGAGCAGAAAAAAGCCAGGUCAUUAUAGGGAAAUUUGUAGUGGAAACACAAUAAGCAACUCUAGUGUUUUCCAGACAAGUUUAAAGAAGUCUCCUAUGAAAAAAGUACUCUUUUGCAUCCAGAGGGGUCCACUUCCCAGACUGGAAAGUGUUUGAGGUGGGGUCCAUUUCUGAUGUUCUUUUCUUUGUUUUCUGACAGCUCGCCUCUGAAGAGAGACUGGUAAGGGCAGCAGUUCCUUUCUCCUAGCUCCAGCAGAGGCAAACUCAAGCCGUAUUCCAAAGGCGGCAGUUCACGCUCGAGGACAGCGGCACAUGAACCAGUUGCAUGGGGCCGUGCACCAGACAGAAUGAAGGACGCCGCUGUGGGAGAAUUUUGAUGUGCCAGUGCCCUCACUCAAUAGCAUGUUUCAUUCUUUUGCAACCCUAGAAAAAAAUGGCACUAGAAGCAAAUAUUAUGUGAAAGAGGAAGGUCCUUUCCUGUCUUCAUGACCAACAUAUAUUAAGAUGAACAUCUAUUCUACAAAACACAACGUUCUGUGUUCUCCAAGAAGCAAGCUCCCAUUUCAAACUCACCCUAAAUAAAAAAACAGACCCGGAUGGAUAUGAGAAUGUUUGUUAGUGGCAGAAGAGUCAAAAAAUGUCAGUUUAUUCAGUUAUUUGCCACUUGUUUUAUCCUAAGCCUCAUGAUCUUUUGGGGACCUAUCGACAAUCACAUUGUGAGCCACAUGAAGUCCUACUCCUACCGAUACCUCAUCAAUAGCUAUGACUUUGUGAACGAUACCCUGUCUGUUAAGCGCAGCCUGGAGGGGUCCCGCUACCCAUACUUGAUUAAUCACAGGGAGAAGUGUGAAGCUCAAGAUGUCCUUCUUUUACUGUUUGUAAAGACUGCUCCCGAAAACUAUGACCGACGUUCUGCCAUUAGAAAGACCUGGGGCAACGAGAAGUAUGUUCGAUCUCAACUUCAUGCCAACAUCAAAACUCUGUUUGCUUUAGGAGCUCCCAGCCCGCCAAGGGGAGAAGAACUACAAAGAAAACUGGUUUGGGAAGAUCAGAUGUAUGGUGAUAUCAUUCAGCAAGACUUUGUCGAUUCUUUCUACAACCUUACCCUGAAAUUACUUCUACAGUUCAGUUGGGCGAAUACCUUUUGUCCACAUGCCAAGUUCUUAAUGACUGCUGAUGAUGACAUAUUUAUUCACAUGCCAAACCUCAUCGAAUACCUUCAAAGUUUAGAACAGAUUGGUGUGCGGGACUUUUGGAUCGGUCGCGUUCACCGUGGCGCCCCUCCCGUCCGAGAUAGGAGCAGCAAGUACUACGUCUCCUACGAAAUGUACCAGUGGCCUUCCUACCCCGACUACACAGCCGGCGCCGCCUACGUCAUCUCCAGUGACGUGGCCGCCAAGGUCUAUGAAGCCUCCCAGACGCUGAAUUCCAGUCUGUACAUCGACGAUGUGUUUAUGGGGCUCUGUGCCAACAAAAUGGGGAUAGUGCCUCAGUACCACGUCUUCUUUUCUGGGGAAGGAAGAGCUCCUUACCAUCCCUGCAUCUAUGAAAAAAUGAUGACAUCUCAUGGACAUGUACAAGAUCUUUAUGACCUUUGGAGGGACGCUACAGAUCCUAAGGUCAAAAAUGUUUCAAGAGGACUUUUUGGGCAAAUCUACUGCAGGUUAAUGAAGAUCGCACUCCUCUGCAGACUGACCUACGUGGACACGUAUCCCUGCAGGGCUGCAUUUGUCUAGCAGUACUUGAAUGUUGUGUGUUUCCACUGUCACUGAGCCAAACCUGGAUGGAAAACCUUUUGCUGUCUGUGCCCUGUAGCAAGUGAAUGUGAAAGGCAAAGAAAUAUUUUUAAAGCCUAGUUUAUCUUCGUUUCCUGGCCUAACUACAUUUGAAGGAAUUAAUAUUUAGAAAUGGUUUAUAUAGGGGCCAGGGAUUUAGCUCAAUGGUUUUGCUGCCUGCCUGGCACUUGCAAGGUCCUGAGUUCAAUACCCGGUACCCCCCAAAAGAAAUGGUUUAUAUUAUGAAUAAAGACAAAACUAAUGUAAAAUUUACAUUCUUGUUCAACACCACAUGUACAUUUGUGGAGUAGAGAGUUAUUAAGAAGCCUUGGUGUCAGAGUAACAGCUUUUGGAAAUAUCAAGUGAAUGUAUAGUACAGUAUUUCAAAGAAAUUAAUAUAUUAUCAGACCAGGCAUUCCUGUUUGUUUUUACUAAAGAGCACUUGAUGGUGGGGGCAGGGAAAGGUUGGCGUAGGAAAAAUAUAUAAAUCUGGUAAAAGAAAAUCUCCUGUUAAGAAGAGAUACAAAAAAAUGUCUUUUAAUUUCAUUAUAAACAGUUGAGUCACUGAAGGUCACAGCUAUGUAGCUAUUUAUCUAGAUAGUGUUAGCAUCACUUAAAAUGUAUUUGUAUCAUUCUUUCAAAGUUUAAUGUGAAAUUUGAGAAAUCAUUGGCUCUACCCUAACUGGUACUUUGUGUGGUGCGUUUUGUCUGCUAACAUCAGAAAAAUGCCACCAAACAUGGGCAGUUUGUUGCCAAUAGGGCCUUCUCUAGGGAGAAAUUAUUGUUAAUUCUAAUAUGCUCUUUUUAACUUAAUGAAUUUUUCAACUAGUUUUUAUGGAUUGAGUAUUGGUCUUGUUUCAGGUAGUUAUUUGAAGGUUUGCAGAGAGGAAUAGAAUAAUGGAAGAGAUUUUGGAAGGAAAGACAACAUUAAAGACCUCUUUUCUCUGUAAUUUAUAAAAUACAAUCUUAGUAUCUAAGUCAUUGUACUGAUCACCAAAAUUAACCCCUUCCUUCCCAACAGUCUCAUAACCUACAGUAUUUUGUUCUAAGUUCAGUUUUAAGAGUACUAAAUCUCAAAUUGGAGUGAUAUUAUUGAAAGCAAUUGAUCCUUUGAUCAAAUAACUGUCAAAGUUGAUCUCUGUCUUUUAAAUAUUUCAAACUUGAAAGCAAAAUAGAAGUGAUAGAGAAGUUGCCAGGGUGAGAGUGAAAGCAUUUUAUUUGUGAAGCUGCAUAUUCUUUAUUAGCUGUGGCUAACAGCUAAUAAAUUAAAUUAUAUUUAUUUUACAAUAAUUCUUCUCCUAUAAUAUAGGAGAAGAAUGUGGCCAGGAUGCAAACAACACUCACCCCCUAAGACAGAAAGAAUUAGGUCACAUGUUUUGCAAGGGAGAUUCUAUAAAGGCCAAAAUAGUGACUUCAACAAAAACAGCUGAACCAAUUAUAAAAUCUUUGGCUACAGAAGCACCUGUUACGGAAAGCUCAGAGGUCUCAUUCAAUAAGAGGACCUCAGAAGCUGGCAAAACACAACUAAAAGGAUUCUCGGUAUAUACAACUGGAGGGUGAUACAAUUCUUAGCAGGUAGACUUAAUGUUUACAAAAAUCUUUUUGUUUUUUUUCUAUUUUGAAAUUUGAAGCUUGUUUACAUUGCUUAGAUAAUUUAGUAUUUUAAGUAAUGUUAAGACUACAGUGUCAAACAUCCUAGGUUGUAGUUACUGUAGUUGAGUAGGUUCAGAGUUCUAGAUCAUCACAGUUUCGAAUUGCUGACCAAUCUUAGCCACCGUAGAGAACAAAAGCACAUUUUGACAAAGCAGCUUUAUAAUUAAUUGUAUUAGUUGAUCGUUUGAUAACUAUUUGUCUUUGGGUCAUAGGUACUCUAUGGAGCUUUACCUGGAACUGUUAAAAUUUGCCAUUGGUUGAAAACAUCAGUAUCUCUCUGACCAUUGAAGUGAUCUUGUUUACAGCAAAACUUUUGUGGAACAGUAAUUUAUUUGUUGAAAGAGCUCUCUUGAAAUCUUUUAUUUUUGCUUAGCAUAGACUGAAACAAAUUUAAAUUGGAAGGAAGUAUGAAGGCACUUCCAUGUUUUGUAAAAAGGAAGUUGCUGGAUGAUUCCUCUAUCAGAUUUUAAGUACUGAGAAGAGUGUAAGUAGAAGUGUUCCAACCUUUUUCAAAGGAAGGAAAAAAAACACGUUUGGUGCUCCAGUGCAGGGCUAUCUUUUUAAAAAAUGUCAGCAAAGGGAAAAUAAACUACUAGCCUGGAUGGUCACUUGAGCAAAAGAUGAUUGCACACAGUGUUGUUGUUGAAAAAAACCUUUUUACCUCCCGGUUGGCUUGCAUCUUUUUUCCAUAUUAUUAAUUUUAUACCAGAAUGUUGAAUAUUUAUAUUAUUUGAGUUUUGCUCUUUAUGGCAAAAUAAUUAGUGAGUUUAAAGAAAAAUCUGUGAUUUCCAAUAAACAACUGAAAAGCUGUCAGCAGAUGUGUACUUAGCCCUCUUCUGCGUGGAUUCCAUUUUAGUCGAGGCAGCGCCCUGGUUUGAUGUUAGAGAGGGGUUGCUACACGAGCGCAGUUUUCUCACUGCAUUAUGGAGCCACCUGCGAUGCCCGUGUUUGUCGAAUGACUCACGCUGGAAGGUCUAGGUGGAGGAAUGUUCUUCCUCAGUAAUUUGUUUGGGAAGGAAUGAAAUGAGAACCUGCAGGCACGGUGCCUUCGACACCCCUUGAAAAGGUCGCAGUUUCCUUUUAUUUGCUAUCAUUCACUAGUUGUUUAAAAGCAGAUUCAAAGUCAGCCUUUGCCCCUUGAGGUCAGGAGAGCUUUUGUGCGUACCGUGGCCUGUUUGGCACUUUCAUAUAUUUGGACACAGUAUGCACUUAAUCUGUUUUUCGCCUGAUGCCUGCUCAAUUCUUGGUUCAUCUAUAAAGUGAGCCAAUCCGUAUAUUUUAGAAAACAUGGUAGUGUCGAACUAAUCAGUCGUAGAACUUUUUUACUUGGCGAGGUGUGGUUUUAGUUGCAACUACAAUGAUGAUCGAUCAUUUGGAAGACGUAACCUGACCUGCGUGGGACUCUGCUUGAGCCCCACAGCUGCCUUGAGAAUGGGACCAGAGAACCCGGGCUAUGCAGGGUCGUCCAUCCUGCCCUAAUACUGAGAGGAAGCUCGGUGUCUCCCGACUUGGUUCCUGCAAGUCAGGUCUGUAGCAGGCCAAGCGACAGCUUUCUUUUCAGUAGCCCUUUGCCCCAGUCUUCCAGGGCUCCAUACUGCCUUCAGCAUAAAAUCGGAACUCUUCUACCUGUUUUUCCGGGCCCUGUGGUCAUCUUCCUUUCUUUCUCUAGUUGGCUUUUCCCACUGCCACUGUUUUUCAUUGCAGAUUUUAUCCAUGGCUUGAUUAAGUUGGUUCCCUUCGCCAGGAACACCAUUCUGCCUGUCCCGUCUCUUACCACCCUCCUCAGAUUUACUCGAUACUACUGCCCAGUUAUUUCCUAGUUAUUAAGUAAGUUCUGAAGACGGAGGUUCAGCACAUCCUGUCACAUGGUACUCAAAGUCAUCUUUUCCAAAUAAUAAGAUAAAUUAUUUUUCCAAAGCACAAAGUAAUGGCAAGCCAUCCAGCUAUGCAAAGCGAUUAAUUAUUCAGAACCCUUA